GCUGCCGUGAGGAGCCCCCACACGGCGCCCUCGUUCCUUGCUCACCCACAGCUUUUCCCAGGCGUUACUCCUGCAGGUGACCUUGAGGCCAGACCACAGCAUUUGCUGACCUGUGGCCUUCCUGAGGCUUCCCUUCUGCAGGUGCCCUCGAGGGCACACCGUGGCACUUGGUGACCUGGAGCUUUCUCGAGGCAUCUCCCAACCCUGCAGCCUCUGCCACCGAGAGCAGACCGUCGUCUGCUGACCACGGUCCUUGACCUGGAGGAGUCCCCUGUCCUUGGUGGCAGGAGCCCUCGAGAUCAGAGUGCAGGACUUGCUGUCCUGUAGCUUUGCCAAGACUUCACUCUUGCACGUGCCUUCCAGGCACGACUGCAGGACUUACUGACUCACUUUUUCUGAGCCAUCUCUCCUGUAAGUAGCCAUGAAUCCAGACAGUGACGUAGAGCAGAAUCCCCCAAGCAUGCCCAAGCUGGCCGUGGGGAAGGAGGAGAAAGAUGGCGCUGGAACUACCCCAGCACAACAGCCUGAAGAGGUGCAGCAGUUCCAGCAGGACGGUGCAGCCAUGGAGCGCACACGAGAGCAGCACUGCACCCGCGGCCUCUUCCGCACAACAGCGCAGAUGGUUUGCAAAUUCAUGAAGAGAAUUCGCAAGGAAGAGACCGGUGUCAUGGGCACUGUGCUCAGAGCAUACUCUCCCAUCCUCAAAAGCAAGACCAGUGCUGCCCUGCUGGAUAUGCUUGUGCAGGAAGGUCCUUCCAAUGCAAAGCAAGUGCCCGCCAUGGUGAGGUACAUCCACCAGUGGCUCACUGCCAAUGAGAGGCCUGAGUACAAUGUGUACAGGCCCCUUCUGGACCUGACAGAGGCACAGCCCGCUGACGUGGUGAUGGCUCUCCUGCGUGUGGCCCCAUCGUGUGACAGAGCUGCUAUGGACAUGUGGAAGAGCAUCAUGUGCUCGUGCAGGACUGCAGAGCCGGCCAUGCUGAUAUUCCUUGAUGUGCUGGGCAAGUGGCCAGAGCACAGCACCAGCACCUCUGAUGGUGAUUGCACGGCUGUCCUUGCCCUGGCUGCAGCUGUGGUGAUGUGGAAGAUCCUCCACGUGCCCUGUGUCCCACACAUUGUGACCAUAUAUUUCCCCCGCCUCUUUGCGCAUCUGCUCUUCCAAGUGCUCUCCGGCACACUGCAUAUGCCAGAGGCGGUCCAAACCUUCUGGAAGGGGUGCCAGCAGCAACACGGCCUUGCCACCAACCCCAACAGCUUUGCAGUGCAGACUCUGAAGGCCCUGCUCUGCCAACUGCACUAUAAGGAUGUGGUGGUGGCACUGGAAGACAAGCGUGCCUGGGACACGCUGCUCUGUGCUGACACCCAGCACUGUGCUGUAGGCGUGCUGGCCAGAGAAAUGUGCCACAAAUCUGUAGCCUUGUGUUCCGAGAUUGCCUCCUCCCUGCUCGGGCUGCUCAGCAAAGACAUGCCAUGCUGGGAUUUGGCCACCAUGGCGUUCCUUGUGGAGUGCCUGGCCUGCAGUGAAUGGCACGAGCGCGCCCUGGACAUCAUGUCAAAGAACCUGCAGAGUGAGUGCAGGGAGAGGCGUCGCCUGGCACUCCGAGGCCUCGUGCUGCUGGGCAAGAACGUCUCCAUGGCCAUACGAAUGUGGGGCCUGCACACAAGGCUCGUGGAGCUCCUGCGGGAAAAUGACAGAGACGUGGUUAGGAUGAGCAUCGUUCUCCUCAGCUGUCUGUUCCCAUACAAUGGCACCACGAUAUCAACCCCCCUCGCCCUGCAGCUGGCUGACAUGCUCCUGCUGCUCUUUGACAACGAUGAUAGCCAGGUGCAGCUGAGCUCCAUGUUCAUCUUCCGAGAGCUGACCAUUUUUUCAGCGGAAAGGAUCCAAACAGCCCUGAGGUCCCACGUGCGCCAGAGCCUGCUCCCACUCUCCUUCCACUGCCACGACGAGAACCAGCGUGUGGCUGAGGACUCCCGGGCAACGCUGCGUUCUUCAGCCAGGUACCUGCAGAGGAAGGAUCUCCAAGAGAUGCUGCAGGAGGAGCAGACCUGGAGUUCUGGCGUGCACCUGGUAAGGACGGCCCGGAAGCCCCGGCCUCGGGCUGCAGAAGCCGCCUGA